AUGUUUGAUUCUGGUUACAAGUCACAAUAUAUUGGAGGUCAGAAAGAGAAAUUUGUGAGGUUGGAUGAUUUGGAUUCGAAUUCGUCAAAACAAUCUAGCUCAAGUGUGAUGAAGAAAUUAAGAUUUAAUAUAAACGGUUUGCCGAUUCCGGGUCGCGGAAAAAAAAACACGUCGAAAUCAUUUCGGUUUGGCGUGAAGAGGGGAUCAGAUGGACUAAAAAAUAUUGGAAGAUCAAUCAAAAGUGGAGUCACUUGGUCGGUUUUUCCCGAAGAUCUUAAAGUGUCACAGAAAAAAGUAUUUGAUCCUCAAGAUAAGAAUCUUCUGUAUUGGAACAAGUUUUUCGAGAUUCUAUGCAUUAUUUCAGUAGCUUGUGAUCCUUUCUUUUUUUACCUUCCUUAUUUCAACCACAAAUCAUUUUGCUUAGCAAUAGAUAACAAGCUGGCGAGUUUUAUUGUUACAUUGAGAACAAUAUGUGAUUGCGUUUAUCUCCUGCGCAUAAGUUUCCAAUUUCGCACUGCCUUCAUCGCGCCUUCGUCUCGAGUAUUUGGAAGAGGUGAACUUGUCAUAGAUCCUGCAUUGAUCGCGAAACGAUAUUUACAACGCUACUUCAUUUUUGACUUCUUGUCUAUACUACCAUUCCCACAGGCUGUAGUAUGGAAAUAUCUUUAUAGUUCACGACGUAUGGAAGUUUUGGAUACAAAAACAUCGCUUUUGAGAAAUGUCAUCAUGCAAUACUUACCAAGAUUUGUACGAUUUAUACCAUUGGCUUCGGAAGUUAAAAAGACAGCUGGUGUUUUCUCUGAAAAUGCAUUGCUUGGUGCUAUGUACUAUUUGAUUUGGUAUAUGCUCGCUAGCCAUAUUACGGGUUCUGUCUGGUACUUACUAGCCAUAGAACGUAACGACACGUGUUGGAAGAAUGCAUGUAAAGAAGUUAUAGGAUGUAACUCGCAUUUUUUGUAUUGUGGAAGUUCAAGUAAGCAUAUACGAGGGUAUGAAAAAUGGAGAAAUAUGAGUGAAUCUGUUCUUAAAAGCAAAUGCUUUGUUGAAGAUGGUAACUCAGCUUUUAAUUAUGGAAUCUUCUCUCAAGCUAUAGAGUCUGAUAUUGUCGCUUCCAUACAAGUCUUCCCUAAAUUUUGUUACUGUCUAUGGUGGGGCCUUCAGAAUUUGAGUACACUUGGUCAGGGGCUUCUAACUAGUACCUAUCCUGGUGAGGUUAUGUUUUCCAUAGUAAUAGCUAUUAUGGGACUUGUUCUUUUUUCUCUUCUGAUUGGAAACAUGCAGACCUACCUUCAAUCUAUGUCGGUUCGUCUGGAGGAAAUGAGGAUCAAAAGGCGUGAUUCUGAGCAAUGGAUGCAUCAUCGCUUGCUUCCUUCGGAGCUAAGGGAAAGAGUCAGACGUUAUGACCAAUACAAGUGGUUGAACACGCGUGGAGUAGAUGAAGAAAACUUGGUUCAGAGUCUUCCAAAAGAUCUCAGAAGAGAUAUCAAACGUCAUCUUUGUUUGAAUUUGGUCAGAAGGGUUCCUCUAUUUGCUAACAUGGACGAACGCUUGCUUGAUGCAAUAUGUGAGCGAUUGAAACCGAGUUUAUAUACAGAGAAAACUUACAUAGUUAGGGAAGGUGAUCCAGUUGAUGAGAUGUUGUUCAUCAUCCGUGGUCGUCUAGAGAGUGUUACUACAGAUGGUGGAAGAAGUGGCUUUUUCAACAGAGGAGUUUUGAAGGAAGGUGAUUUCUGUGGCGAAGAGUUGUUAACAUGGGCAUUGGAUCCAAAAUCGGCUGCCAACUUGCCAUCAUCAACUAGAACAGUGAAAGCUAUGAGUGAAGUAGAGGCAUUUGCUUUAGAAGCAGAGGAGUUAAAGUUUGUUGCAUCACAAUUUAGACACAUACAUAGUAGACAGGUUCAGCAUACCUUCCGUUUCUACUCGCAACAAUGGAGAACAUGGGCUGCAAUCUACAUUCAAGCUGCAUGGAGGAAGCAUUUAAAGAGAAGGCGAAGGAAAGAAGAAGAAGAAUACUAUGAAGGAAUUGAUGAAUCUACAAGGGCUUUGGUUCCGCAAGCCCAAAAUUCGUCAAGAUUUGGAAUUAAUACAACAGUUUAUGCUUCUCGCUUUGCUGCUAAUAUUCGUGGUUAUAGACAUCGAAUGCCAAGUUCCAAUAACCUGUUGAGUAUCCCGAAACCCCCAGAACCUGACUUCAGUGCUCUCGAUAAUGAAGACUGA